CAGUCCGAUACUCCGAUUUCCGCGACUCGAUUCUCACGGUUGCACAUGUAACAGGUUCCCUCUCGGCUCCAACUGGGACUGCCAGUGUGCUGUACUCCGUCAGUCCUUUUAUAUUUUUAUUAAUCGCUUAGCUACAGGUUUUUUUUUAAUAUGGCCGCUGAAUUUGAUAAAAACGGUACUAUUGAUUACAAAGAACAGUCCUUGAAAGCUUCCAAGUUGUUGAAUGAAAUGGCUAAAAAUCUUGACUCCGUUACAAACAGUGUUAAUGUUCUUAUAGAAGCAGUUAAAAAUAAUGAAUAUGACAGUAAAGAGGGUUUGAGCCUGCUUGACCUGAAGAACCACACAUUCAUGUCUUACAUGAGCAACUUGAUGUUCACUACAUUGCUCAAGCUGUCAGGAAAAUCUCUUAAUGGAAGCCCUGUUGUUGAUCGUUUAAUAGAAGAGAGAAUUGUCAUCGAAAGAUUGAGGCCUUAUGAGACAAAGUUGAAGCAUCAAAUUGAAAAGUAUUUAAAGGCUGAUGGGGAAGGAGCAGCUGACGGUUCCACUGAGGCAGCAAAUGAAGCCAAAGGCUUGACGGUGGAUGAUUUCACCGCCGGUGACACAGACAAGGAGGACGAGGAGCAGGAAGAUGACGAGAACCUCUCAUCACGUGGCCUGCCAAUCCCAGGCGCUGCUCCCGAGGACGAUUCCAUUAGAGCCUACAAAGUUCCUCGAGUGUCGCAAAAUAAAUUCUCGGAUGGUCGAGAUGACGAAGAGAAGGUAGCAGAGGCGCGCCGUCGGCUGCUCAACAGCGCCAUGAUGCAGGACGCUCUCUAUGAACAUCGCCUCGAGCCAGACGUCAUCGAGCACUCUAAUGCCUUGCAGCGUAAAGCCAGCAAACGUCGGGCUGAAAUUACCAAAUAUGAGGAAGAGAACUUGACAAGACUCCGCUUGAGCAAGAAGGAGAAGGCGGCGCUAAAUGCAGCCCCGACUGCAGGAGCAAUGCAUGGCGAACUCCUGGGCUUUAGUGACGUCGCCCUCCUAGGGGGAUCACAAGGGGGCGCUGCACAAGGCGGCAAUAAAACUUCAAAGAAACGCAAGCAUUCCGGCUCUUCCAGAAGAAGCAUUAAAGCUAAGAAGAAACGUAAUCGGCGGAUGAUUUAGAUGCGUCAGUCCAUCUCUCAUGACGGACUCUACCAUACGUAUUACCUUCACUGGCUCGUUGUUCCAGAAAUAUAAAGAGUGUUCGUGU